ACUGAAUCGUCUGGGCCGCUCUGGGAAGGUGCGGGUUUAACCGACACGUGAUCGAUUUUAGUGUGCAGUGUUCAAAUCAAGCACAUAAGACUUUUGCUGGGGCGAGAAAGACAAGUUUAUUCGACCAUUUAACAAAUACGGUGUGUUAAAACACCAAAAUACACAAAAGAAAAUUGACAUUCCUCGGGCCUCGCGUAAACUUCGUUUUCCAUUUUUGGAGAUUUUACGAUACCGGAAGUGUAUUCACCCUGGACGCAUGCGCUGACACAUCUUCCUGUUCCGCGUGGGAAGCCGUAGGGCGUUUUGACUUCCACCCCUGUGAGCAGAACAACAAAAAGUGACUGGAAAACAGUAAAAAGACAAGAUGUUUAUGAGGAAAAGUAAAUUUCGGCAUGUUUUUGGACAAGCCUUAAAAAGAGAUCAGUGUUAUGACAACAUCAGAAUCACGAAGAGUUCCUGGGACUCUCGGUACUGCGAUGUCAAUCCAAAGUACGUCGCUGUCAUCACAGAAGCUGCUGGUGGAGGCUCGUUCCUUGUGGUGCCACUUUCUAAGGUUGGCAGAGUAGAAAGAGAUAGCCCGCUCGUUUCUGGUCACAAGGCAGCUGUGCUGGACAUAUCUUGGUGUCCACACAACGAUGACGUCAUUGCCAGUGCAUCUGAGGAUUGUACAAUCAAGAUCUGGCAGAUACCAGAGGGUGGUUUGACCAAGGCGCUGACCGAGCCAGUGGUGGACCUGGUAGCCCACCAGCGUAGGGUCAGCUGUGUGAAGUGGCACCCUACUGCACACAAUGUGCUGCUUAGUGCAGGUUCAGACAACAAGAUCUACAUCUGGAAUGUUGGAACUGGAGAGGUGUUAAAUGAGAUAGAUCUUCCUGAUCUGCCACUCUGUGCUUCCUUCAACUUUAAUGGCAGCAAAUUUGCCUGCACCUGCAAGGACAAAAAACUUCGAGUUUUCAACGCAAGAACAGGGGAUUGCUUACAGGAAGGGGCUGGUCAUGCUGGAGCCAAACCUGCACAGGUGGUGUACCUGAAGGAUGGCCACAUCUUCAGCACUGGCUUCUCCAGAAUGAGUGAGAGACAGUAUGCAUUGUGGGACGAGAAAGACAUGAGUAAGCCAAAGGAAAUCAAUGAGCUUGACAACAGCAAUGGAGUGAUGUUUCCCUUGUACGAUGCAGAUGUCAACAUGGUUUAUCUCUGUGGAAAGGGGGACAGUCAGAUCCGGUAUUUCGAGGUGACUGAUGAAGAGCCUUACGUGCAUUACCUGAAUACAUACCAGUCAAAGGAGGCCGGUAGAGGUGUUGGCUUCAUGUCGAAGAGAGGACUUAAUGUUAAUAACUGUGAAAUAGCCAGGAUAUACAAGCUACACAACAGUGGUCUCUGCGAGGUCAUACCCUUCACAGUACCAAGAAAGUCCGAGCUGUUCCAGGAUGACCUGUACCCAGACACACCAUCUGACACGCCUGCUUUAUCAGCAGAAGAUUGGUUUGCCGGCAAAGAUGCUGACCCUAUAAUGGUGUCUCUGAAGGGAGGCUUUGUUUCCACAAGAAAGGAUGCCUUGAAGGUGGUGCGCAGGUCUAAUGUUUUGGACAAGAUGCCAUCCAGAACGUCCCAGGCUCAGUCGACCAACUCGGAGGCUGCAGCAGCUGCUGUCCUCCCCCCGAUUUCUACCACGUCUACUCCUCCAGAUGAACAUGUGGGAUUUGACCCCCAAGGCAUUCUGGAUGAUAUGCGCAAACUCAAACUGAUAGUGAAAGCUCAUGAACGACGAAUAAAAACGCUAGAGGAGAAACUGUCCCAAUAUGAAGUUAAUACGUCGGAAGAGGAUGAAGGAAAAGCUUAAUAGUCUGCCUGAAGGAUUUGACCCCAAGGAAGUAAUGGAAGAAUUAAAGAAGCUGAAAGCAACUGUCAAGAGUCAGGAGAAGCUAAUUUGUGGUCUUGAAAAACGGGUUGCCACGCUGGAGACGCAGACAAGUGAGGAGGAGGUCAAGGAUGAUUAACUAGCAGCAGCAUCAGCAGCAGCAUAACACAGCUUCUUCCAUUACUGGCCACGAGGACACUCACUUCAACUGGUGGAUGUACUCUAAACAUGGACACGAGCAUUAACUUCUUUUCAAACUCUUUACACAUUUCUGUGUAUAUUUGACAACAUGUUUGACCUUUUGUCAUGUUGAGGUAAAUUGUUGAUUGAAAUUAAAAUGUAAAUGAAUAUGUUGCAAGUCUGAGACAUGCUUCGUCUCCUACUUUCCGAACAACUCUAUACAUAUGUUCGUAUAAUUGUUUGAGAUUCUAUGACAUUUUUGACUAGUUGUCAUGUUUAUGAACUCAUUUGUUAAUUGGAAUUUGAAAGAUGAAAUGAAUAUGGUUUAGUCUCUUCAUGUUUAGGUGAAAAAUCCAGUUGCUUCUCGAGAUCCUUCAUUGCCUAUUUUAUCAUAUAUUGACCAAUGGUCAAUCUUUUCCAUUAACCUGUACUCUAUAGUGGACACACAGUGUUUAAAUAUGGACUGAUUAGGUCUGCAAAUGUACCAACUGCCACUGCUUACUCUUUCCAUUGGAGAAACACAACCAGACACGUGCUGGAUCACUACCAGGGGAGGUAACUCUGUAUAUAGCCAUUGAUUAUCUCCCUUGUUAUUUUGAGCUGCAAACUAAAAAAGAUAUUUUUGUCAUAUUAAAAUAUUUUUUAACGAUUAAUCCUGAAACUUCAAAUAUUAUUUUUAAGUGGAGGUUUUGGGGUUAGACCCAAAUUAAAGUUAUCGUUUGAUUUUGUUUUGAACAGAACUCCGGUGCCUCAAACAUGUCCGUCAGCAACCUGCAAUAUUUGCUGCAAACUGACUGUAUGUUUGAUUCAGCAACCCGUGUUUUGUCUUUCGAUUUCACUUUUAUCUUGACAGUCCUAGGCAGUGCUGUUCGCGGUCAAGUCAGCCUCACAUGCUAGAUAUACAAGGUGCAUGUUUAUAGUUUGUGUGAGAUAUAACCUGUAUGUUGUACUCUGGUAUACCAAAAUCAAAUAGAGAUAUCAUCCUUAGAUUUCAUCUAUCACUACACACCCCAGUGGGAAACAGAUGUGCAAGACCACGAAGAACAGUGAUCAAUUUAUGACCUAACAAUGCUUCUAUUGAGGUCAUGGUUAAUUUAGGUAGACAAAAAACAUGCAAAAAAAGUGUCUAUUUUGGUAUAUGGGAAAAGUAAUGGAAAUCUUUUUGAAGUGUAAUUUAGAUAAUAAAUUUUAUAUUUCAUAUAGAAUUUUUGUGCAAGUAUGGUCUGAUUAAUUGGAUCCUGUUAAAAGAACUGACAGCACAUAUUCAAUACCUUCCAAAAAGGUUUGUUUUGUUUGUCUUUUUUAUUUAUAUUGAGUUUUAGUGAUACAACGUGAGUUUGAUCAUUCCUGUAGCAGCCUGACUGCAUGUGUAGCUGUGUUGCCACAUUUGAGAAGGUCACCGUUCAUAAUAUCUACUACCCAGUUGUGUGUAUGGCAGCAUAUUUGACAGAGAUGUACCACACGACAGUGUCAUUGUCUAUGCAAGUGGGUAACAUGAUGCUUCUCUGCUACUUCUCAGUUCUCGAUACCAAGUUGCCAGUCUGCAUAUGUUAUUAAUGCUCUGUUUUUGUUUUUCCUUUGUUCUUGCACAUUGUAUCAUUUUCACUUGUUUAUUCACUAUGAUUUUAUGACUACUUCACUCAGAUUUUGUUUCCAAGUGCCUUUCAUCAUUAGUGCUAAUCGCACCCAGAACAAUGUCAGAUUGCCACUAAAUGAAUCUUUCAUGAUUGUAAAUAUCUACCCUCAUUCAAAUACUUCCGUGAGGAUUAAUGUAAUUUUGUGACAAUUAUUGAUAGUCAAAAAGAUCAAGCACCUUUCACUAUGAUUCAGCCAUUGUUUAUCAUAUACACUUAUUUAUAACACCGUGUAUUUUCUAUUAACACCUUUUCUCAAGUUAGUCACUAUUGGUAGUUUUCAGCAGUUUCACUAACACCCUGAUCCUAUCCCAGUUAAAUGAAAUCCUUUUUAAGGCAAGCAUUGGUUAUACUAUAGUUGAUAGCUGCAUGUGGUUUUUAGUUGGAACACAGUUUUACUGAUAUUUCAGGGAUUUAGCUAGACCUGCUUAGAGGCUGAUGUUCGGCCCAAGGUCUGCAGCAAAUUUCAGUAAAAGUUCUCAAAUUGGAUUUACAAGAUGUCCCAAUUCAUGUUAUGGCUUUGCAGAAGUGACUUGUAUUUCUCUGACCAAUUUGAUCAAAAUAUAUCUUUUCCAAAAAAUAUAAUUGCCUGCCAAGGACAAUCAGUUUGGAAUGAUGGCUAAAUCCCUGUUCUUCAACCUAAAGGAACUACUCCAAAUCAAUGCUACAGAUAAGAUUAUCUUAAAAUACAGUAUGAUCCCUUCUACUUCUUGUCUGAAUGCCAAUAUGUCCAUUUUUGACGUUGUCGUGGGGAUCAGUGUAUAUACCAUAGGGGAUAGCUAUUUUGGAAAACUCAAUGCCAACCAUCCUUUUACUUCCUAUGUGCCACAGUGUUAACAGUAACAUGUCGCUUAUCGUUUUGUCCUGCUUUGUUUUCAUGCAUAGGCAUGUUAUUUGAAUGCAUAUGAGACAGAUAAUACCUCAGCACGUCAGGACCGGUUGCCUGUUUAAUGUGUUCAUGUAUGCCUUUUUGCUUAGUAUUCUUGCCUUGUAUGAGGUUUGUACCAUAACGCUUAGAUAUGCUUACCAAACAUUGCUGAGACUGAUAAAAGCUAGAAAAUCUGAAAAUUUGUAAGUAGACAGUUCAUGGAGAUUUUAAUUCAGUGCAUUUCAUAUUUAAUUAAACUUAAAUGACUCAUUUUCCUCAUUUUAAAACUUGUUGUUUUGUAUUAAUUUAAUUAGAAAGAAAUACUCAAAAGAAACUUGUGAUGACUUGAGAUUAAUCCUUUGAUUGUUGGGUUAACACUGUUCAACAAUAAUCGUUUAAUUAACUCUGUUCAAACGAUCAUUCCAUGGAAAAUCAACAAAAUGAUUACUUGUUUCUUUGUGAAAGGAUAUUUACAUUGUUUGGUGGUUAGAAUUCCUAUAAGUAGUAGGUCUCCAUGAUACAUGACAGUUCAGUCUUUCAACUGGUUGCAAUGAAAUCUGUCAGAAGGAUGUCAUGUGAUAAUUGUAAUAGGGCAGCAGGUGUUGUGUCUUAGGUUGAAACAGUGUGCUGCUGUAGGUGACGUGGAUGUGUGGAGCUUGGACCAGGGAGUGUGGACAUGGUCAGUGUGGAAGUGGACGCUCAUAUGAAGUGAUCUCUUAUCAUGCUACAGAUGCAUGUUUUUGCUAAUGUUUAAUUUGCUUCUUAGCAGUUUAUUUUGCAGCAUGCCCAUUGUUAAUGUAAGGUCUCAUUGGGAAUGGAUUGACAGGUUUUUCAUUUUCCAUUUAGCCAAGGUAAAAAAGUGAAGCACAGAUCCGUUUUAAAAUUUCAAAUAAUGAAACACAUUGGGUUUUUAAAAUAUUUUUUUUUUAUUUAAUAAAUGUUUUUUGGAUUGAAAGUAAAAGUAAUUCUAUAUUUUGACUUCUUACAUUUCUUGAAAUCUGGGUAAAUAUUCUGGAAAUUAUCUCUCAAAUGAGGCCAAACAGAAGUGCACCUGGUAUUAAGUGCUUGAGUAAGAGUUUCUGAGACAGGCAAUUAGCAUUGAACAGAGAGUGAAAGGUUCUGGUAUGAACAUAGUGGAACGUUGCGUUCCAGAAUGUCAUCAUGUCAUCUUCUCAUGUAACAUUGCUAUCCCACAGGGAACAAACAAGCCACAAUUGAAUGUUUACACUAUUUUCCAGGAUUGGAGUUUAAUGGAGCAGCGAACUGUGUCACUAUUUGUCAUGGCUUUUUGCAUUAUCCAUGUCUUGUGAUCACAAACAUGUUCAUGUAACAUUAGACUUUAUUGUCAAAGUCGUCGAUCAUCACAGCCACAUGUUUCCUGGUGCUCAUAUUCUGUUUUCACAAGAAGUAUUUGUAAGAAAAAGAAUAAAAUCGAGGUAAUCACUAAUAACUUAAGUUCUGGUAAAUAAAAUUUACAGGAAUUGGUUGUCAUGUCACAUGUGAUGGUAAGGUACUCAGCCUUAAAAACCCUUUGACAAUGUUCCUGAAAACUCACCAACAAUAGACAGCCAAGUGCAAUUUUCUGUGAAUGGUAUACAUGUUGCCACUUUGGUUUGAAAAAAUGCUAUUGAGAGCAUACUUUUUUGGAAAGAAGGGAAUCAUUCAGAAUUAUUACUGAUGUAUUUUAUCCAUGGAAACCCUGUCAUUAAAUUUGUUUAUUUCAGUGUUAUUUUCUCCUACAAGGCAAACGAUAAAAUGAAGUGUAAACCAUUGUUUGGAUUUUUUUGUUAAGUAGUGCUUGAUGUACAUGUUCAUGUACUUCUGUGUUGAACAUGUGCAAUCAGAUUACAGUGUAUCAUUAGACAAUAUCCCCAGAUGAGAAUUGAUGUUAACUAACUUUGCUUGUUGGCAUAGAUAUCUUAGACUGCGCCUUUGCUGCAUAAAUGUAAGGACAAAUGUACAGCUGCUUGUCCACGUUACUUGACGAAUACUCUGCCGCUAUUUUAUUUCUAAUGAUGUAAAUUUUCAUGAUCACAAGUAUGGCAAUAAACUGCUGUAGAUUUCCAUCUUAA